UACUGGAUGUCUGUAAUCGCACGGAGGAAACUAUAUUUAAGAUCUGAUAUCUUGAGGGUAAUGACUCCAGCACUUACUGAAGGACAGAAUGGCUGUUAAUGCUUUCUUCACUAGCCCAGAAGAUUUUGCAAGAUAGAUAGGUCUGUGAUGUACUUUGAUCAGACAGGAAAUGCAAUUUUUGGGGGUCUCUGGAAAUAGAAAGGUCAUGCAGCUUGGAACCGGUGAGACAUUACAGUCCCUAAGUCAUCAGAGAAAUGAUGAGGAGGCUGUUGUGGAUAGAGGUGGUACUCGCUCCAUUCUCAAGACACAUUUUGAAAAGGAAGAUCUAGAAGGCCAUCGAACAUUGUUCAUUGGGGUUCACGUGCCCUUGGGUGGAAGGAAAAGUCACCGACGCCAUCGACACCGUGGGCAUAAACACAGAAAGAGAGACAGAGAGCGAGAUUCAGGAUUAGAAGAUGGGAGAGAAUCUCCUCCUUUUGAUACCCCAUCACAAAGGGUGCAGUUUAUUCUUGGAACAGAAGAUGAUGAUGAGGAACACAUUCCUCAUGAUCUCUUUACUGAGCUUGAUGARAUUUGUUGGCGUGAAGGAGAGGAUGCGGAGUGGAGGGAGACAGCAAGGUGGUUGAAGUUUGAAGAAGAUGUAGAGGAUGGUGGAGAGAGGUGGAGCAAACCAUACGUUGCCACACUGUCACUUCAUAGCUUGUUUGAGCUGAGAAGCUGCAUCCUGAAUGGCACAGUUCUUUUGGACAUGAGAGCUAACUCCAUAGAAGAAAUUGCAGAUAUGAUUCUGGAUCAGCAGGUGGGUUCUGGGCAGCUCAGUGAAGAUGUUCGUCACAGAGUGCACGAGGCAUUGCUGAAACAGCACCACCACCAGAACCAGAAGAAGCUGAGCAACAGGAUCCCAAUUGUAAGAUCCUUUGCUGAUAUUGGAAAGAAGCAGUCUGAGCCCCAUUCCAUGGAUAAAAAUGCAGGUCAGGUUGUUUCCCCACAGGCUACCCCAGCCUGUAUUGAAAACAAAAACGAUGUGAGCAGAGAAAACAGCACUGUUGACUUUAGCAAGGUUGACCUACACUUCAUGAAGAAGAUACCACCUGGAGCUGAAGCAUCGAACAUCUUAGUUGGUGAACUGGAGUUCCUGGACCGCGCCGUUGUGGCUUUUGUGAGGUUGUCUCCUGCAGUGCUGCUCACAGGACUGGCUGAAGUUCCAAUUCCAACCAGAUUUUUGUUUAUUCUUCUUGGACCACUGGGUAAAGGCCAACAAUACCAUGAGAUUGGAAGAUCAAUUGCAACACUAAUGACAGAUGAGGUAUUCCAUGAUGUUGCUUACAAAGCAAAAGACCGCAAUGACUUGGUGUCUGGAAUUGAUGAAUUUCUUGAUCAGGUUACUGUUCUCCCUCCUGGAGAGUGGGACCCAACAAUUCGAAUAGAACCACCUAAAAAUGUUCCCUCUCAGGAGAAGCGUAAGAUCCCGGGAGUGCCAAAUGGAACUGCAGCCCAUGGGGAAGCAGAACACCCUGGGGGACACUCUGGACCAGAACUGCAGCGCACUGGAAAAUUUUUUGGAGGAUUAAUUUUAGAUAUCAAAAGAAAAGCUCCCUUCUUCUGGAGUGACUUCAGGGAUGCUCUCAGUCUGCAGUGUCUGGCAUCAUUUUUGUUUCUCUACUGUGCUUGCAUGUCUCCUGUCAUCACCUUUGGUGGUCUGCUGGGAGAAGCAACUGAAGGUCGUAUAAGUGCAAUAGAAUCCCUGUUUGGAGCAUCCAUGACUGGAAUUGCCUACUCUCUUUUUGGUGGACAGCCUCUCACUAUACUUGGCAGCACAGGACCAGUUUUAGUGUUUGAGAAGAUCUUAUUCAAAUUUUGCAAAGAGUAUGGGUUGUCGUACCUUUCUCUGAGAGCCAGCAUUGGGCUGUGGACUGCAAUCCUGUGCAUCAUCCUCGUUGCAACCGAUGCAAGCUCCCUAGUCUGCUACAUUACUAGAUUUACUGAAGAAGCUUUUGCUUCUCUUAUCUGCAUCAUUUUCAUUUAUGAGGCCUUAGAGAAGCUGUUCCAUCUUAGUGAGACAUAUCCAAUCAACAUGCAUAAUAAUCUGGAACUGCUGACCAAGUACUCAUGCAAUUGUGUGGAACCAGAACAUCCUAGCAAUAAAACAUUACAAUACUGGCAGGACUACAAUAUAUCUGCAUCUGAUGUGCCAUGGGGGAACCUAACUGUGUCAGAAUGUAAAAAGUUUCAUGGUGAGUUUGUUGGACGAGCCUGUGGCCAUCACGGCCCCUAYGUUCCAGAUGUCCUCUUCUGGUCUGUCAUCCUGUUCUUUUCUACAGUGACUCUCUCAUCCACACUGAAGCAGUUCAAAACCAGCMGAUACUUCCCCACAAAGGUACGAUCUGUUGUCAGCGAUUUUGCUGUCUUUCUCACUAUUUUGUCCAUGGUUUUAAUUGACUAUGCCAUUGGAAUUCCAUCACCAAAACUUCAGGUUCCAAAUGCUUUUAAGCCCACCAGAGAUGAUCGUGGCUGGUUUAUUACUCCUUUGGGGCCUAAUCCAUGGUGGACAGUGAUAGCUGCUGUAAUUCCAGCCCUGCUUUGYACUAUCCUUAUCUUUAUGGACCAGCAGAUCACAGCUGUCAUUAUCAAUAGAAAAGAACACAAACUAAAGAAAGGAUGUGGAUACCACCUCGACCUCCUCAUGGUGGCAGUGAUGCUUGGUGUGUGCUCUAUUAUGGGAUUGCCAUGGUUUGUUGCAGCCACUGUCCUCUCUAUAUCCCAUGUGAACAGCUUAAAACUGGAAUCAGAGUGCUCAGCUCCAGGGGAGCAGCCGAAAUUUCUUGGAAUCCGGGAGCAAAGAGUCACAGGGCUCAUGAUUUUUAUCCUUAUGGGCUCAUCUGUCUUUUUGACRAGUAUUCUAAAGUUUAUUCCUAUGCCAGUACUUUAUGGAGUGUUUCUUUACAUGGGUGCUUCAUCUCUAAAGGGAAUUCAGCUUUUUGACAGGAUAAAGUUAUUCUGGAUGCCUGCAAAGCAUCAGCCUGAUUUUAUUUAUCUAAGGCAUGUUCCUCUUAGAAAGGUCCAUCUCUUCACUAUAAUUCAGCUGAGUUGUCUUGUCCUUCUCUGGAUUAUAAAGGUUUCAAGAGCUGCUAUUGUCUUUCCUAUGAUGGUCCUAGCUUUGGUAUUUGUCCGAAAACUCAUGGAUUUCUUUUUCACCAARCGGGAGCUCAGUUGGUUAGAUGAUUUGAUGCCCGAGAGCAAGAAAAAGAAACUGGAAGAUGCAGAGAAGGAGGAAGAGCAAAGUAUGUUAGCAAUGGAAGAGGAAGGGACUGUUCAGUUACCACUAGAAGGACAUUACAGAGAUGAUCCAUCCGUGAUAAACAUUUCUGAUGAAAUGGCAAAAACUGCUGUGUGGAAGACAUUGUUGAUAUCUUCAGAGAAUGCAAAAGAUAAGGAGUCAAGCUUUCCUUCUAAAAGUGCUGAAAUCAGAAAAGAGAAGAAAGCUGACUCAGGGAAAGGUGUUGACCGGGAGACUUGUCUAUGACUUGCUCUUCAAGUAGUUUUUUUACAAAUGAAUUAAAGGAGUGCCACAACCACUAAAUAKAAAUGAUUUACCUUGUAACUUUUGUCUUUCAUCUCAAACUAGCACAGGUAAUGUAGUGCAAUAUUCRUCUCAUUCCACCUUGUCUACCUUGUCUAGUAUCAAUGUAAAUGUCUGCAGUAGCCAAUGCAAAAMAUCUUUGUGUUUGUUGCUGAUCUUGGCCAUUUAUCAGUAUUCGUAUCAGAAAUGUAAGAAGCAAAUUUUCUUUCAAAUUCAACUUUCCUGUUAAUAGGUUUGUACUGUAUUUUGCUACUUUUUCUGUGUGAGAMUACUUAAUAAUCUUGAUUCAAGAUGAACUUGAAAACCCUUGUUCCAUUUUUUUUUUUAAAUUAUGUAACUAGUAAAUGAUUUCAGGAGACCCAAACUGACAAGCAAACAGUAAGAAAUUUAUAAAAUAACAACUGAUCUGACCCUGUGAACAAACUAACAAGGAUAAUCCUUUCCUCCUUACCUGUCCUUCUGAAGUCAUGGAUUACUUUUGCAAUGCGAAUUGCAGGGACAGAUUCUGUAUUUGUGAGGUUUUCCUUGAUUUAAUACAGUGUAUUUAAUAUUAAAAUUUGUAUGUAACUGGAACAUAGUCCUCUCUCUAUAUAUAUAUAUAAAUAUAUAUAUAAAAUAUAUAUUAAAACAUUUCCUCACCUUAGCUGAAAAACACCACCACAUCCUUUGAUGUGAAACAUGGAUCCAGUACUCUUAAAAUGCAAUCUAUGAUUACGGUAGCUUACCUUGUAUUGUUUGAAUGUUGCCAUGGUAGGCCAAACAAAUGCAUUUUGUCAUUAAUCAGUCCAUUAUUUUAUAAUGGGGAAAAUUUUGUAGAUACCAACUAUACCCCACAUGCAGUUAUAUCACCUGCCCAAUGAUCUUCCUCUUAYUGCUUAAAAUUCAGCCACAUAAAGGGCAUGUUUAUAUUGUCUUCUCUCUACUGACAACUGUAAACUUCAUUUCAGAGAUUGUGUAUAAUACUUAAAUGGGUAUCCUGCUGUUGUUUUGUUACAGCUCUUCAUUAUUCCAUCAAGUACAUAUUGAUUAACAGAUAAAAACAACAUUGCAAAGUAAAAUAUGGCUUUAAGGCUAUUACAUUUUUCAUAAUGGAUUUUAUUAUUGCCUGAUCCUUCAAGCUGUUCUUUUGUGUAAAAGACUGCAAGAUUAGGUAUUGAAUGAACAGGAAUGUGGAUCUGAAGUUUUAUUGCGUUAUUUGGAAUUCACUGAUUUUAAAAUUUUUUAAGAUAAAUUUUUAAAUUAUUAAAAUGAAUUCUAACUCUCAGUAUUAUGCUAUAACUUUGAAGCCUAAAAGUAAGAAUUAUAGUCUUACAAUCUUCAUAAGAAUUCAUCCAUAGGGCUCUAAMAUUCCCCAGCUUUCCAAAAUAUGCUGAUUUUCUAUACACCUUGUGAACAACUUUUAUCAUCUUGCACAUUUGAAGUAUUCUAAUGUUUUUUGUG